GAUCCUGGCGGAACCAUUUUUAAUUUUCCUGUCAUUUUUCUGUCUUUCUCUUUAACUCGGCUUGCCAUAGAGCCAUGGCAGGACUCACAGCCCCGUUAGUCGCUUGUAUCACUGGUAUCGACAUGCCCAAGAAAGGGAACCGAAAACGGCUGAAAUUUAAGGCCGGAGACAUUUGCUGCGAAUCAGUCACUGUUGCUGAUUUUGCUAAUGCUGACCCAGCCAUUGUGAAGUCGGGUAGAGUAAAGAAAGCUGUCGCAAAUGCGAUUGAAAAAGAAGUGAAAUUGCUGUGUGGGUUGGAAGCCUCUCAGGGGGCGGUGGAGGAAGUCCUAUCCUCUGCAUCGAGCCUCAGAGCGGACGCUGUGGGCAGCAGUGAUGACCCCGAGGACGACGAAGGGGAAAGUGAAACUAAAGUGGCCCGCAAGAAGAAAAGCAAGAGAAAGAAAGAGAGCAGUGAGAGCAGUGAUGAGGACUAUCCAGUAGAUAUUUGGUUGGUGCUUUCCUCCUACAUUCGCCCUGAGGAUGUGUGCAAAUUUUCUUUGAUCUGCAGGAAUGCAUGGAUAGUCACUUGCACUGCGGCUUUCUGGACCAGACUCUACAGAAGGCACUACAGGGUUGAAGUUGUUCUGCCGUUUCGCCUCCAGCCUGACUCUAUAGAUAGGAUGCGCUGUCUACGGGCAUGUGUGAUUCGCUCCCUUUUCCAUUUGUAUGAGCCGUUUAGCUUGCGUGUUUCAAAAAGUCCUGCACUGCCAGAAUCCACGCCCACAACGCUGCUCAAUUCCAAGUGUUUUCUCUUCUGGGUCAAAAAGGUGUCAGGGACUCGACCAGAAGCAUUGUGGGAGUUCAACUUCAAAUUUAAAAAACAGGGACACUUUAAGAAUGGUUGUGCCAAGUCUUUGCAUCUGCCCAAACAAUAUGAAGAAGUCCAUAUUAAUCCAGACUCUGACUGCUGUGUGCUUCAGGUCACCACACUUAACUACAUCUUCAUCCCUGUAGCCAUGGGCCUCACACUUACCCUGUUCACGAUCAAUGUGAGCACGGACAUGCGUCACCACCGUGUCCGUCUGGUGUUCCAGGACUCGCCUCUGCAGCGGGGAAAGAAGAGAGGGGAUCAAGGCGGGAUGCAGGUUGUCUUAGAUCCCGUGCACAGCGUGAAGCUCAUGGACUGGUGGCAUCCACUGUACCCUUCGUUGCCCUACAUAUAAGAUUGUUGGAACCCACCACAGCAAUUCAGGGACCCUGCUGUUGAUCCUACAAUGAUCAUAAAACAGAAAACCAAAUCGCAAUCAAUGGGACAUUUUGGUUAUUGUAUGUUUAAAAAGGAAGCACUGACUUGAGGAAAUUAUGUGAAUAUUUCACCUGUAGCCACAUGGCUAAGAGAGAUUUGGUGGAAUUGACUGGUGUUGAUCAUUAUGCAAAGAAACAGUCCUUGAAGAUUAAAUAUUAAAUCAACAGGGCAGUAAUUAGUACUAUUAUUUCAACAGUUGGUUCAUGCUUGUUUCUCAUAUAAUACUUAUUUGGCAGAUUUCUUUUUGAGAUUUGAAACAUUUUAUCAAGGGAAUUUUAUUCCUUUCAAUCAGUUUCUGCUGUAUCUCUACUAGGAGACACACCUGACUAUUUUCAUCUCUUGUUUUACAAGAAAGGGGCAAUACAUAUUGCCCCUUUUGUCGACAUUGUCGUCUAAUUCAACAGGUUUUUCACUUCUGUGGUGAUGCUUCUUGCACAUGACCAAACUCUGCCAUCUACCGCCACAGGCAGUGUUGUAGAAUGUUAUAGUUGAUCAAUUAUUCUUAAUGAUGGGGACAGUGCUACCAUUUUUAUUGGUUUAACCAUAUCCAGAGUUUUGAUGAUACUUGAUUUGCAGUCAAAUAUUUUUGAUUAACUGCCAAGGAAAUGGACUUAAUUGAAUCAACAUGUCCUUGAAGUAUUAAAAUUCUUGUUAGAUGUUUUAUCGAUUACAAAGGGACAAUUGGUUGUUUAGAUUAAUUGUAUGUAAAAUGGUGGUUUGGUGGUUUAGCUUUAUCAAAUGAAAGUGACUUUGAUAAUGUACACAUUGGAUUUCAAUAAAACUACUGCUCACUCAA